AUGUUCAAAGAAACCCUCUUACCUGAAAGUCUGCUGGUUAUUUUCACUUUCCACAAAAUAAAAGCUGACAUGAAAGAUACAUAUUUUUGCUUUAUCAAGAGAGGCAAAUGCAGACACGUAUGCAAUAGUGUUGAAAAGGCAGUUGGUUUCUGCACAAAACUAAAUGGUAAUUGUUGCAUGUAA